AUGGAUGAGAAGAGGAAAAGGAGGAAACAGCACUCAAAGCAGCCGACUCCGCAGCUGAAUAGCUCGAAGUAUCCGUGGCUGCCCUUCCCGAGAAGAACAGACAAGUGGAACGAGCUGAGCGAAGAGGUGUUCUGUACGUGCCGUGAGCCUGAUACCGGAGAGCUCAUGGUUGGCUGCGAUGGCUGUGAUGAUUGGUUCCACUUCAAAUGUGUCAGGCUGGAUGUUCGGUACUCGAAGCUCAUUGCGAAGUACUACUGUCCGUACUGUGAUCUGGAAGGCAAGGGCUGUACGCUGUGGAAGAGAAAGUGUCGCUUACCACAGUGUUACAGUCCCAUAAGGGACAACAACACCAAGUACUGUUCCGAAGAACACGGCGUUGAGUUCAUGAAGCUUGUGCUGAGUAAGCUACAAAAGCCCGUUGAUGUUGGCGCAAUGUCGCAAAUCGUCAAGGGUGUGGGUUCCUUUGAAGCGUUCCAAGCCGUUGGUGAUACGCUGCCGCUGUUGGCUGAGGACGCUGUUUCGAACGAUCCAAGGUUACGGCACGUGGAUCAGAGCGUUGAUAACUUGAACAAACAAAGAGAGGAACAACUCCAAAGGCGAAAGCUGCUGGUGAAGACGAAGGAAAACUUGAAGAGACUCAACGAUGAGCUGUCUUUGAACAAGAAGAAGAUAACGGUGUGUGGGUUUGAUCCCCUGCUGAGGGACGAUGAGCAACAUGGAGAGGAUGCACUCUCCACAAACGAUAUCCAACUGUUGAAAAGGUUGUAUGAAGGUGACGAAGAGAACACGACACAGGUCUGUCUAUUGGACAAGAGGAAGUGCCAAAGGCAUAACGGUUGGCAGUCCAUCUUACCCGAUGAGAUUGAGAAUAACAUAUACAAAAUUGAUGAGCAAGUGAGCUCGCUGAAGUUGCAGAGGGAUAAGCUGAUCAGUGUGAUGAGCAGAGACCAUUAUGAGGCUUUACUACGUGGAUAG